CGCCUUUCCUCAAUAGUUGACAGAGCCUCGGGUCCCUCGCUAGUCGUCGUGAGGCAUCUUCCACUCCCUUACGUUCUAUCUGUCUCCCUAUCCUCCACAUUCUCAGGCUCCAGCAUCCUUUUGCAAAGGCUGAGAAAACCGUGGACUGUGUGACCAGUUCAUAUAUUUUGUGUUCUUUUGUGUGAGCGCUCUUUCAUCCGCGUGCGCGUGGCAGAAAAACAAACACAAAUCUCCACGCUUUUCUGCUCAAAGGUUCUCUACACAAAUUCCGACCAUGUCCGGUGAAGACGCACCUGCCCAGCAGCAAAACGCCGAAGAGCAGAAGCAGCAGGAGACCAAGACGCCCGCUGAGUCCCCGAAAACCGAGAGCAAACCUGACCCACCUCCCUCCAGUGCGUCCACCGAGGCCGUCGCAGCCGCAGACGCCACCCCAGCGCCCGCCGCGGAGAAAGCACCCGAGGAGGACACCUUCAGCUACCGGGCACUGGUGCUCACCGGUUACGGCGGCUAUGAUAAGGUGAAGCUCCAGGUGAAGAAGGGGAAACCGGCGCUCAAGAGCGGCGAGGUGAUGGUGCGCGUGAAAAUGUGCGGGCUAAACUUCGCCGAUUUGAUGGCGAGACAGGGACUGUACGACCGGCUCCCCUCCCCGCCGGUAACUCCGGGCAUGGAGUGCUCCGGGAUCGUCGAGGAGGUCGGAGAAGACGUGACGGACAGAAAAGUGGGUGAUAAGGUUGUAGUUCUCAAUCGGAGUGGUCUGUGGCAGGAAGUGGUGGUGACUGCAGCCACACACACUUUCCUGAUGCCCGAGGGUAUGAGCUUCGAGGAGGCAGCAGCACUUCCGGUCAAUUACAUCACUGCCUACUUGAUGCUCUUCGAUUUUGGGAACCUGCGUCCAAACCAGAGUGUACUCAUCCAUAUGGCAGCAGGUGGGGUGGGUAUUGCUGCCACUCAGCUGUGUAAAACAGUGAAUGAUGUCACAGUGUUUGGCACCGCCUCUGCCAGCAAGCACGAGGUUAUCAGCCAGGGCGGAGUCACGCACACCAUUGACUACCGGACACGUGAUUAUGUGGAGGAGAUCCGUAAAAUAAGCCCCAAAGGGUUGGAUAUUGUUCUUGAUCCUCUUGGAGGCUCUGACACCCAGAAGGGCUACAACCUACUGAAACCAAUGGGAAAGCUAAUCAGCUAUGGUGCUGCUAACAUGUUGUCGGGCCAGAAGAAGAACCUGUUUGCUGUGGCUAAGACCUGGUACCAGCAGUUCUCUGUACACACCCUGAGCCUGAUCCAGGGGAACCGAUCUGUGAGCGGCUUUCACCUGGGGUACCUGGACUCUGAGACUGAGCUCAUCUCUCAGGCCAUGACGGUGGUUUUGGACCUGUACCAACAGGGCAAGAUCAAGCCCCGAAUUGAUUCCACCUACCACCUAGAACAGGUCGGUGAUGCCAUGCGUAGGAUGCAGGAGAGGAACAACAUUGGUAAAAUCAUAAUCACCACCGAACCCAUGAAGGAGGAAGAAAAGAAAGAGGAGGCAAAGAAAGAGGACGACAAGAAGAAGGACGACAAGAAGAAGGACGACAAGAAGAAGGACGACAAGAAGAAGGACGAGGCCAAGAAAGAUGAAAAAAAGGAGGAUAAGAAGGAAGAGACCAAGGAGGACAAGAAAGUGGAAGAGAAGAAUGAAGAAGCCAAGAAAGAGGAGAACUGAGAACCACAGGCCGAAAAAAAUCGUGGAUGUGCUUUAUGUCAGGGGUUUUGAGAGUGGUGUAUGUGUGUAUGUAUAUGUGUUAUAUUUGUGUGUGUGUGUGUGUGUGUGUGUAUGGGGGGGUGUAUUGUGUAAUUAGCUCAACCCCAGGUGAUUCCUCUGACAUUAAAACCACAUUUUUGCAAUCUUUCAGAAACACUCCACUUAUGUUCAUUUACAGAAACACACAUUAUACACCAAGGGAACACACCACUUUAUUGUUCUUUUCUAACCCCGGUAGUACUUAUUCCAAGUUCCUCUGCAUUUUGCUGAGUCCUUUCUAACUCUUUCAUAUGACUGCAUGCCAGCAAGGCAUGUUAGGGCAGUAUUAUCCUUUUUAUAACUAUCACUUCAGUGUUUACUCAACCAAUGUCUUCAAUUAUAUAGUGAAAUAACCUUAUUCAGCACCCUGUUAAAAUAUAUAAAAAUUUUCUCUGUUACUCCUGCACUACUAAUGCACUAUAAAAUUGUUGGAUUCCACUGAAAUACUCUAUAUUUGUAGAUGCAAAACACUCCCACAUUCGCUUUCUACACCCCUCCGUGUGUUUGUGUACUCGCCUGUGAGACAGUUGAACGUUCCCUGGGGUUCACAGGUAAAAGCCUGGGUUGUCUGGGAGCCCUGUUACCGUGACAACACUGUCCGACAUUUUGCCAAACCCCUCCCCUUUCAUUUUUGGUCUGGAGUGGGUUCACUUGUUUGAUUUGCCGUAUGUCACCAAAGUGUGCUCGAUUGCUAGUUCGAAUGGUGAAAGAGCUUUCUGUGCCCACUGGCACACAAACAAGGACACCUACAUUCCCAUUGUUUGUUGUUCUCCCAUUGGACCAGACUCAGCCCUGUUCCCCUGGAGGAGUCAGUGUGGUUCCUGAUUGGCUAAGAGAGACAAGCUUCUUUGUGCCCUAAAUCACUAAUAGUAGUAUUAAAGAACCCAAUGGACACCCAUAAGCUUAACGGAAAAACGUGAGGGUGUCUCAGGAUUCAGUGGCUAGCUGAUAAGUGUUGUGUCAUUAGACCGGGCAAGUGGCAGGAUUUUAAUGAGCCUAGCUGGCAAGCAGAACCAAUUAUAGACCAUAUUCUCUCAGCCUUUUCCCAUCCCUCUCUCUCUCUCAUUGUGUGAACUCUAAGAUGUGGAAGCAUUCAGCAGGUCAGAUAAAGAGAAGUGGUUUUUCAUUCCUGAACUUCCUCCAUGAUUCCCCAGGAUCCUGACACUUUUCCUCACCUCGUUCCUGUGAUUGCUCACCAUCCGAUCGCCCUGACCUGCAGCACGUUCACGGUGUAACAUUUCAAUAUAAUGUGCGAUGACUGGCUCUUCUAAUACCACUUUCUCUCCUUCGGUUUCCAUUUUCGUCAUCGUAGUUGGCAUAGCAACAGCAGUUAGGCCAGUUAGAGCUGACAGUCAGGUCUCACUCCCACAUAUACGAUAGACACCAACAUACACCAUUGUUAAUCAGCUGUUUUCUUUCUCCUUAUGCUUUAAAAACAUAUGACUCAUCCAAAAAUCCAUUCUGCCAUAAUUUUUACACCCUCAUGGUGUUUCAAACCUGUAUGACAUUAUUAUUUCUUGGAACACAGGAGAUGUUGGGUAGAAGGUUCAGUCUCAGAUGUGUGUGAGAUAAAAAGGAGUGUUGACUGAGGCUAACAUUCUGCCCAAAAUCUCCUGUUCCCCACGGAAGAAAGUCAGUCAAAGCCAGGUUUGGAAAUAAUGAAUGUCAGCGACCUCUCGGAGUCCUGUCAAUCAAACUCUCUGGCUCCUCCCACCUGUUUCUCAGAGAGCAGUAAUCUUCUGCCUCUGCUGGUGAUUUGUAUGCAUUGCAGUGCUUUCAUUCAAGUGUUCAAAACACUUGUGUUUAUGUAUAAAACAAACCAGACCCCUCUUAUGUGUGUGUGAUUUUUGUGCAUAUGUGUAAUUGACAGUCUGUCCUCAGGUCUAUUGUUCAUAUGUUCUUUCUUUGUGUCUCUACCUCCCUCAUGCUACCUUAUGCUACUGUCUGGCAUUUUAACGGUCUCUUUCUCGUCUGUAACUUUCAUGAUAACUCUGAAAUGUUCCAACCCCCAUGAUUGGCCUGAGUUGGCUUUUUUUCCGUGUGCACUCUGCUUGCACUCAUAGAGAUGGCAGUCCCGCUCCCAAUCCACUGUAUCUCUGAUUCCUAUCCAGGUUUUUGAACCCUCAGUUUUGGCUCAUUCAGUCACAUACUCACACUUUAUGCCUCCCUAACAAGUGUUUUGUCCUGCAAAGAGAUGCAUAGAAUGCUGCAUUGUUUGAUGAAUGCUAAUGUUUACAUAAUCCGUAUAUAAUGCGCAGAUAAUCUCGCACUCUGUUAACAAUUCUGGCUCAGAAUGCACUGGAGUGACAGUGGCACUGCCAUUCUAGUUUGUAGAAUCACCGUGUUCCCACUUAUGUCCUGAAAAUGAAUCCCAAUCCAGUUUAAGUAGCGGAUCUGGAGGUUGAGUUUUGAUUUUCGGGGGGGGUUGUGUGGUUUUUGUGUUCCACUGGUUCUCUUCCUGUGUUCCUGUGGGUGGUGACAGAGCACCAAGUGACCCUAACUAACACUUCAGUGAAAAAAAAAAAAUCGGUCCUUUUUGUGUUUUGAUUGAUUUUGUUUGAAAUGCAGACCACAAAAACAAACAGUUUGUGUUCAAAAGGCUUUGCUGCAGUUCCUCUAAAAUGUGAUGAAUCAUGUUUCGUUGGUCCUGACCGAGUGUGCCAAACUUUUUGUGAAGGCACGACCUUCGCUAUAACUGUGCUUACUGUACUGAGUGGGAAAAUGAAAAAGAAAAGAGAAUGAAAGAUGAAACCAUGUAACCGUCUGUGGUGAUUGUCGAAAUGAUCUUGCAUCUGAAAUUGUGAUUGCGCUCCUCGUGUGUGGUAAACUACGCCCUGGAAAUUAUUGGUGCUGAUUGAUUUCUGACUUUUCCCCCACUCCAAUCCAUGCAAAACCUCUUGUUCUCACUGUGCCUCAGUCAUAAACACCAGAUUGCCUCCAAGUAUGUUUACAUGCAAAUAUACACCACUCAUAGACUCUAAUCCCUUCACUACACCCUUUUUCAGCUCUGCUGUACUGAAGGGCUGAUAACUCACUCCCACUGAUCUGACCACCCCCAGAUCAGUGGCACUGUUGUUUGUGGAUACACUGCUGUGUAUUUUGUGUGUAUUCGUAGGUUAGUAGGCAGGUUGAUCAUAGGCAUAUUAGCUAAUGACCAGAGGUAACUCAACAAAAAGAUCCAGCAGCAGUCAGAACAUGCUACACUUCAAAAAUAUAUAAUUUUUUAUAGUCUUGUCUUGUAAACAUAUCAAAAACAUCCAUAGAACAAGAUAAAUCUUAAUUAGCAUAGAUGAUAAAUCAAAAGUAAUGUUCUGGUUUCAAUACAAGUUGAGCAUAAUCGACAACAUGUGUGGCAUAAUGUUAAUUCCACAGAAAAUAAUUUGGACACAGGAAAUCGUGGUUACAGUGAGGCACUUACAAUAUGAAGUGAAUGGGGCCAGUCCAUAAAUAUUAAAACACUAAGUUUCAAAAGUAUAGCCACAAGAUGUAAACAUUGUGUUAAAAUGAUUUUAGUGUUUGAAAUUUGUUGCCAUGUUUGUUGUCAUUAACACAAAUAAUGUUACAUCUUGUGUCUAUACGUUUGAAAUGUUAAUGGACUGGCCCCAUUUACUUCCAUUGUAAGUGCUUUACAAGUUUGUAAAAUAAGGGAUGAGUUGAAAUUACAUUUUUUGGUAUGGUAACAUUAUGCUGCAAAUGCUGUAUGUUGAGUUUAAUUUGUACCGAAUCCCGAAUAUUCCUUUAAAAACAAGAACUCUGCCAGUGGGGUGUAUAUAUAGUCUCAAUAUCCUCCUAUAUAUUGUUUAAUUAAGCUGCUUAAUUGAAUUGAUCUUGUUUCAACAAUAUAUUGAUAUUUUCAAUGGAAAACGAGCAACAAAAAGCAACAUUUUAAGCCAUUUUUCCAAACAUUUAAUUGUUUGAGGCCGCUAUUAAAAACUUUGUCUAGUUCAGUUGAAUAGUGAUUUCCUUCUCAUUAACUGUAAAAAUCCAGUGGGUCAUCUUAACAUUCUAGUUCACGAUAACAGCAGCGUUCCGGUUCUAGAACUCAUCUCAGCUGCUUAUGACAUCAGAGCGGCUGUAGAUUCAGUUUCGUCCCUCUGCUGUUCUUUAGUUCUGUCUGCAUGGCUAACGUUGAGCGCCGCUGGGUCUAUUCAGAGACCGCAAGGAACACACGCCCAACAACAAUGACAUCUGGGCUGGGAAUGCUUGCAUUAAAUCUCUCAAGGUUUAGACGUUAUAAGAUGAUUGUUUGGAGUAUUCUUCCUCUUCCCUUUUUGGAGCGUAUACAGCUCCACAGUGAGCUCAGCUGCAGGUGUGAGAGUGUCUCGUGAAUAUGGAAUUGUGCGACUAGCAGCCAGAGAAAGGCUCGGAUAGAGCCAAGCUGCUUCCUUUCUCAGUCCCUCAAUCCAAUAGCUUUCCCAGAACAGGAAACUCCCCUCAUGUUUGCAGAGUCCAGAAUUCCGGUUUCACAUGCAGCCUUAACUAACGCCACACCAACAUAGAAAUGCAAUUCUAAAUCAUAGUAUGCAUAUAUUUCACAGUUUACUAUAUUGUGAAAGGUAUUUGUUAAUAAAAUUACUUGUGAAAUUAAUCUAUCGAAAUUAAAGGGAUAGUGUACACAAAAAUGAAAAUGUUGUAAUUUACUAUCCUCCAUGUUGUUCCAAACGUUUAUAAAUUUAUUCCAUGGAAUACAAAAGCAGAUGUUAGGCAGGGUGUUAGUCUUUGUCACCAUUCACUUUCAUGAAAUGGAAUGAUGCAUUGAAAGUGAAUGGUGAUUUGAGGCUUACACUGCCUAACAUCUCUUUUUGUGUUCCACGGAAGAGAGUGAGUAAAUGACGAAAACAUUUUCAUUUUUGCGCAAACUAUCCCUUUUAAAGCUCUACAUUUGAUAACACCAGCUGUAUACAUUUAUUCGCCUUCAGUGUGUUAGGCACAUAGAAGAAAUGGUGAAUCAUUCUGGAUUGUUUCCCACUCAAACUCAUGAAUACUCUGCAUAAGAGGUCUAUCUUUGUCUCACAAGUGUACACUACACGCAUCGCACUGUGGUAAUAAUGCACCUUUUAUGUGCAUUCAAAUGCACAGGCUACCAAGAACAAAGAUGCAUGGUGACUUUAAAAACUUAGAUUUUUGUGACUAAGGCUUUGUUUGCUCUCUGCUUGACUUUUCAUCUGAAGAGCCAAUUAGAAGCACCAGCUGACCUUCCUGUUCACUGAUUGGCUUGUUAUAAAGACUCAGCAUUAAGUCUCCGCCCCUACACACAUGUCAGAGAUGCACCACGGGUUGUUUUGUUAUUUGUUCUAUAGAACCCUCCAUCAGAACUUUUUCCAUCAAUCUUAAAAUCUGAAGUGCUGCUGUUUCUGUGCUUGACUCUGGGUUGGUUGGACAGACUGUGUGUGGUCGUGAGGACCGUAUAGUUCAUAACGCUUCUGUGUGUGAUGUGACCAUUUUGCCUUACAUGUUUUCCAGGACUAAUUAAAGAGCAUAACUAUAAAAACAAACAUAUGGAGUCAUUAUUGAUCUUGAUGUUUACCCAUAUACAGAGGAACAAUCACAGUAUAGCACAUGGAUUUCAUUUCAAUCUGCUGGGGUAAUGAAAUCAUUUUUAUACCAGUCGUUUUAUAUUAUGUUCUCACAGAUUAGUUUAAUA